CUUCGCUGUCUGAAGAGCCCAAAGAAGAAGCGAGCGACUUGGAAUACCGCCGCAAUCAAUACCUUCCUAUACCCAACCAACCACCUGUUUUCCUUCAACUCCAGACCUGGAUUCCUCACAUGUCUCUCUCUCUCUCUCCCUUUUUACUUCCAGUGCGAAAGAAAACCUGUGAUGGAGCCCACCUUUUUUUCAAUCCUUACCGUUAUUACCCAUUACCCUUAUUCUUACCCUUACCCAAUAACGAAUCAAUGAAUGAAUUUUUCUUCCCGCACGAACGAACCCUAGGUAAACAGACUACUUACUUACGAUUAUGUCUCUCUUCUACUUACUUCCCUUCCACCGGAAUCUCCGUCCUCUUUACCCGUCAGGCACUGGUUUGGUUUCUUUGCCGUCGUCUCUUGUACAAGUAUUUCUCUGUUACGGUCUCUCCUUCUUCCUUCCCCCCCUCCCUCUCCAUGUCUUUGUCCUGCCACCAGGUUCUUUUGCAGGACAGUAGUUAGGGGGUGAUGGUGUAUUAGUAAAUGCUCUCUCUUUUUUCUCUUUUCUUUGUUGAUCAGCUGCUUAUUCAAUGAGAACCCAUGAC